AUGCGCAGCAUAAGACAAACAGUUUAUGGCACUGCAAAUUGCAUCGACAACAAUUCAACUCGGGCGUUUGAAACGAGCCACAGACACAAAUGGAAUCCUCCGAUUGGCUCUUUCAUUACCAUUAAUCACAAAUGUAUUAUACCGAUAACACGAAUUUCUGUAUUAAUUGAUUUUCACGGUUGGACCGGUAUCAAACGCUACGGGAGUUAUAACGUUCCAAGUCUAAACCCUAAAACUUGGUCCACGGAAGGUUUAAAUGAAGCAGGAAAGAAGGCCCACAAUUUGACGUAUGAUCGUAGGUUUUGA